AUGGCUCGAAUGGUGAAGCUAUUGCGCCUGUCCCGAGUGACCAGGUUCAUCCGCGCAGUUCCCGAGCUGAUCAUCAUUGUGAAGGCCAUGGGUUUCGCGGCGCGUUCUGUGCUCGUGUUCUUCUUCGUGUGGCUAGUCAUCAUUUAUGUCUAUGCUGUGGUACUGCGACAAGCCACUGACGGAUCAGAUGUUGGAAUCAUGCUCUUCCCUUCGGUUCCUGAUGCUAUGAACUCCCUCCUUCUGGAUGGGCUUCUUGCAGAUUAUGCUCCCUUCAUGAA